GACCUCCGCGCGCAUCGCGUCUCACCUGCUCCGCGAUCCGGCGGGUCGUCGCCGGAACCAGCGCCUCCAGCAUGCGGCCCGGGCCCGGGAGGGGCGACGGGCGCCGCGGCGGGUUCGUCCGGUGCCUGGUGUCCGCCUGCCUCUUCUCGCUGCUCCUGCACCUGCCGGAGGCUCGCUCGUCCUACUACCCCCAGAGCGGGGAGUGCAAAGGCAAAGGCAAGGACUGCACAGAUCUGUCGGAGAAGAAGAGCGACCUGAGGGUCUGCGACGAGUCCACCUGCCGCUUCGGAGGCGUCUGCAGGGACGACGGCGCUCAGCUGAAAUGCGUCUGCCAGUUCCAGUGCCACAAGAACUACAUCCCCGUGUGCGGCUCCAACGGCGACACCUACCAGAACGAGUGCUACCGGCGGCUGGCGUCCUGCAAGCAGCAGAGGCUCAUCUCGCGGGUGUCCGACGGGCCCUGCUCUGCUGAUCCUGGGUCUGGAUCCGGAGAUGGAGAUGACGACGAAGGCUCCGGGUCCGAGGCGGGGAAGAAGUUCACCAAGUGCAGCACCUGCAAAUACGGCGCCGAGUGCGACGAAGACUCGGAGGACGUCUGGUGCAUCUGCAACAUCGACUGCAGCGGACACAACGAGAACCCGGUGUGCGCCACCGACGGCAACUCCUACAACAACCCCUGCCUGGUGCGCGAGGCGUCGUGCAUGAAGCAGGAGCAGAUCGACGUCAAGCACCUGGGCCGCUGCCCCGCCGAUAAAGAAAAGCUGGGCAAGAAGGACGACAGCAGCCCGUUUAAAGUGAACGACUUCGAGACCCCGGGGCUGAGCCACGGUGACGGGUUCUACGCCGGGAUGCCGAUCCCCUGCACCGACAGCGCCGCCGGAUUCUGCGUUCACGGAAAAUGUGAGAUCAAGUACAGCAUGGCCACCUGCAGGUGCGACGCCGGCUACAAAGGGCCUCAGUGCGACGAGCCGCAGGACUUCAACAUCCUGUACGUGGUCCCCAGCGGCCAGAAGCUGCACUACGUGCUGAUCGCCGCCAUCAUCGGCGCCGUGCAGAUUGCCAUCAUUGUUGCCGUGGUGAUGUGCAUCACGAGGAAAUGUCCAAAGAACAACAGAGGUCGACGGCAAAAGCAAAACCUGGGACACUUUUCUUCAGACACUAACUCCAGAAUGGUAUAGCCGCGAGCCGCUGCUUCUUUUUGAUAAGUUUUUCGUACAGCGUGGGAAUACCAUUUUUUAACUGUAGACGUGGUUACAAUUUUUUUUCUCUCCUGGGAAACCAUAUAAUGAAAGAUUACUUAUUCAUUUAAGGGGCCUUAUUUUCCCACCUUUUGGUUUUUUGUUUCGGAUGGAUUGUUUUGAGCAUCAUUUGGCCAAGACGGAGGAGGAGGAGCCGUCCUGUUCCGCCGUCCUGACUCCUUCCAAACAGGCGCCGUGUGGUGAACUGGCUAACAGACUGACGCCUGCCCCUCUUGAAUGUGCUAUUUAUUGAAUAUUAUAUGGGUUUGUCCCCCUCUGUUUCACUUUUUACUAAUAAUGUGCAGCUGAUCACCAAAUGCAGAUGUUUUUUUAAUGUUUUUGAGCAGGAGGUGGGGGGGCAGCCAGCCAGGUAUGGAAAUGUUUACACUUAUUCUUUGGUACGAACGCCCAUGUAAAGACUUCACUGUGUUUAAACGACUAAUUUAUUGUUAUUAUUAUUAUUACAGACGGGAUUUUCUUGGAGUAGUUUUUACUCUAGUUUUUUUUUUGUUUACUUUUAUUCUAAAUCCUAGUUCCUGUAUAUUCGCAUGACUCGUGAAAACUGUGUAUCGUGGUGUACUUUUAACUUUUGAAGAGGAAAUGCUGUCUGCCCCGCUGCCGCCGCCCUCUGAUGGUGGUGGGAGACGCAGGGACUCAGACUGGUGAACCAA